AUGCAGAACGAAUGGUUAGACAUAGGAGAUUUUUGCAUCCCAUUAGCAUUAAAAUGGCGCACUUUAAUUUAUGAUUGGUCGCCAGCAUUGCUAAAAUUCUAUCUCAAUGCGUUCCAGAUGACUCUCCCAGAUCAGAGUAAUUUAGUAAGAUGGGGUAAAAGUACCGAAAAAACUUGCUAUAUCUGUGGAAAGGCAGUUGGAACUGCUAAGCAUCUGCUGGUGGGAUGUAGGGUACUCCUGGACAGCGGUCAAUACUCGCGUCGUCACGAUAGGGUUCUAGAAGUGAUACUAGGUUUUGUGAGAAAAGGCACUAGGGCUACAAAAUCAAACGUCAAGCCUUACUCCAUCCUUAAAGCGGAGUCGGAUUGGACUAUAAUGAUGGACACGUAUGAAAAACAAUAUAAAAUCCCCGAGGAUAUUUGUGCGUCGGCCUCCAGACCGGAUAUAUUUUUGUUUUCGCGAAUUUUAAAGCGCGUAGUGGUGAUAGAGCUUACGGUCCCUUGGGAAACCAACAUCCCCAAAGACCAUACCAUCAAGGUCAACAAAUAUUACGAGCUCACAAACGAACUCACUCGAAAUAGGUUCGUAGUAGAUUUGUACGCGGUAGAGGUAGGAGCGAGAGGUAUAAAAGCGAAAUCUCUCUACAACCUACUAAAGGACUUGGGCUUGUCCAGAACUCACAUUAAUGCAUUCUUGGAACGUAUAUCGAAGGCAGCCCUAGUAGGUUCUUUUCAAAUUUGGUUAGGUAGGGAGAGGAGCUUGGACAGUGGAGGUGAGCGUAUAACGCGCGUUAGUUAA